AAGCAUAGGAAGGAUCUACAAGGAAAGAAGUAUUAGAUAAUAGCGUCCUUAAAACUUGUUUAGUUCUUAUUCGUAUAAACUACUAUGAUUUUGCGACUGCUUAGCACUAGUGCCUGCCAGCGCCUUAGAACAACAUUAUCCGAGGAAUUAUGUAGGCAAUUUAGCAGACCUGCCCAUCAAACAAAUUUGCAAAUUAAAGCUGCAAUCAACACUAGUUGCCGGUACACAACCAGUAAUUUAACAGCCCGUGCAUAUGACGUUAGUACCAAUGUAGCCAAGGAUGUGAUACUGUACAAAUACGAGAAUCCACGAUUCUUUCGAAUGAUGAAUAUUUUUGCUAUCAGCCAAUUCUUGUUCUGGGGUUACCUGUCGCAUUUUGCCUAUACAACUUUGAAGGAUGCUCCUGUGCCAGAGAAAGAUGUCGAUCAGUUGGUCUGGUACGAAAAGAUUAAUCUGGGAGAAAACAAAUACCGGAAUGGAAUUGCAAUCAUGUCUUUUGUCAUCGGUUAUGGUAUUCUAUUUGCUGCAUGGACAUUCACCCUGCGUUCAGUUCGUUUUCUAGUUCUGCGGAAAGGCGGUAAAAACGUAAGCGUAAUAACUUAUACACCAUUUGGGAAAAAUCGGAUAAUGGACGUUCCGUUAAACUGUGUUUCGGCCCAAGAAUCCAGAGAAGCUGCUCGGGUUACGAUUCCUAUUAAAAUCAAAAAUAGAUCGCUUUUCUAUAUUUUGGACAAGAAGGGCGAGUUCACUAACACCAGAUUAUAUGAUUAUACUGUUGGAAUGAGACGUAACUUAAGAUAAGUCUGGAGAAUUUGAUAGAAAAUUUGUAAAUUACCAAUAAACGACAGAUUGAAUAUCACUUACAU